UCCUGCUCCUCUCCGCCGCCAUGUGUGUCCUCAGUCUCGGUGGGAGCAGCGGCAGCGUGGUGAAACUCUGAAGGCUCUCCUCUGGUAGAGAGCUGCUAACACAAUGCUCGUUUUAUUUGAGACCGCGGCUGGAUAUGCAAUAUUCAAAGUCCUCGAUGAAUCCAAACUGCAACAGGUCGACAGCCUGUACAAGGAGUUUGAAACUCCUGAGAAAGCGAAUAAAGUUGUGAAACUGAAGCACUUUGAGAAGUUUCAGGACACAACAGAGGCCUUAGCAGCUGCCACUGCGCUGGUCGAGGGAAAAAUUGGCAAGAGCUUGAAGAAAGCGCUGAAGAAAGUUGUUGCCAAGGAGGCUCACGAGCAGCUCGCCAUCAGUGAUGUGAAACUCGGUGGGGUUAUUAAAGAAAAGCUGGACCUGAGCUGUGUCCACAGCCCUGCUGUGGCUGAACUGAUGAGAUGCAUCAGGAGCCAGAUGGAGAGUCUCAUCACUGGACUUCCUCCCAGGGAGAUGAGUGCCAUGUCUCUGGGGUUGGCUCACAGUUUAUCCCGCUACAAGCUGAAGUUCAGUCCAGACAAGGUGGACACUAUGAUUGUGCAGGCCAUCUCUCUUCUGGAUGACCUGGAUAAGGAGCUUAACAACUACAUUAUGCGCUGCAGGGAGUGGUACGGCUGGCACUUUCCCGAGCUGGGAAAAAUUGUCACAGACAACUUGGCCUACUGCAAAGCCGUCCGCAAAAUUGGUGAUCGCACAAACGUGGCCGGCUCCGAUCUGUCAGACCUCCUCCCCGAGGAAAUUGAGGCAGAGGUUAAAUUGGCUGCUGAGAUCUCCAUGGGAACAGAAGUGUCGGAACAGGACAUCGGAAACAUCAAACACCUGUGUGAUCAGGUGAUUGAUAUUUCAGAUUACCGCACUCAGCUGUACGACUACCUGAAGAACCGAAUGAUGGCCAUCGCCCCCAACCUGACAGUCAUGGUGGGCGAGCUGGUCGGCGCCCGUCUCAUCUCACAUGCAGGCUCCCUUCUGAAUCUGGCAAAGCAUCCAGCUUCCACAGUUCAGAUCCUCGGAGCAGAGAAGGCUCUGUUUAGAGCCCUGAAGACCCGCAAAGACACACCAAAGUACGGUCUCAUCUACCACGCCUCCCUAGUGGGCCAGACCUCUGCCAAGAAUAAGGGCAAGAUCUCCAGAAUGCUGGCAGCUAAAGCAGCCCUGGCUAUUCGCUAUGAUGCCCUGGGAGAGGACACAAAUGCAGAAAUGGGAGCAGAGAACCGUGCCAAACUGGAAGCCAGGCUGCGCCAGCUGGAGGAGAAAGGAAUCCGUAGAAUCAGUGGAACGGGCAAAGCAAUGGCAAAGGCAGACAAAUACCAGCACAAGAGUGAAGUGAGAAUGUACGAUCCAUCCGGCGAUUCUACUAUUCCCUCCACUUCCAAGAAGAGGAAGUUUGAGGAGGUGGAGGAGGAGGAGGAGGAGGCUGCUGACCAGCCUGAAACGCCAGUCGUCCAGAAAUCCAAAAAGCCCAAAAAGGAACCAGUAACAGCCGAAGAAGAGGAAGAAGUAACAGAGGAGACUCCCAAGAAAAAGAAGAAGAAAAAGAAGGACAAGAAAGCGGAGGCUGAACCCGAGGAACCAAAAGAGGAGGAGGAAGAGGUAGCAGUAACAGAGUCAACAGAAAAGAAGAAAAAGAAGAAAAAAAAGAAGGUCAAAGAGGAGGAAGAAGAUGAUGACUGAGAGAGUAGAGAGUGUAUAUAUUUUCUGUUUUAGUUUUUAUGUCAUUUUAGUUUUGUGUCAUACAUUUAUAUCUAAUAAGGGCAAAGAGUUCACAUUAAAGAACAAAAUUAUAUCUCCUUUUAUCACUGCAAGUGAGUCGUGGUUCGAAAUCUCACUGAGUACAUUUCCAGUCGUAAAAUGAGUGAAUAAUGUAAUUUUUUUUUUUUCAUUUCUGUGUAAUAAGUUUGAAAUCUGCUACCUUGAUUUUUAUUUGUGAACACAUCUGUAUCAGACAUGUAUCAAAGUCAGCACAGAAGCUAAAAAGCAAUGAUUCCCCAGUUCUCUUUUUAUGUCGAAGACAGAACAUCUGCCCCGGUGAAAUACACUUUUUUUUUUUUUUUUGCUGUAAUGGUGUAUUUUGGUUGUACGCGCUGCAGCUGUAUGAAUAUAAAAAUUAUGUGCCACUAA